AUGAGAGUGCCGUUUCUUUUCUUCCCAGCCUUUGCUGUCGCCGUAGAGGCGCAGGAACUAUACCUGACAACAACCGGCCACUCCGCACGCCCGCAAUGUACCCAGUCCAGUGUGACUCCAGAUUACCGGUUUCAACCCUUCUCGUAUACUCUCAACGAGACAGUCCGACAUGCAACGUCCGUUCCCUCCCCGACAACAACCCGGACAUAUGCUCCCGCCUACAGGGAUGCCGUUAAGCACUUGACUACCAGCUGGUCGACAACAACAUGGGGCAGUUGGAUCCCAGGACAUACUGAAAUCAGUGCCACGGAUUCAGAUGACCCUUAUGGUCAAGCUGCCUGGUCUUCGAUGUGGCAGCAAGCUGAUCUCCAUAACUACACUACCACUGGAAUGUUUUCAACUACAGUCAGUCCCACGGCCGUACCCAGCAGCGAGCUGGUGUUGCCCCCGCAGGACUACUUUGGGCCCACUGACUGUCAUAAUUUCCCCAAGGACUUUAUAUUCGGUGUUGCAGGAAGUGCGGCCCAGAUCGAAGGCGCCAUUGCAUUGGACGGUCGUGGUCCUUCAUUGCUAGAGAAGUUGGUUCCCGACAGCAAGCCAAAGGACUUUGUGACCAACGAGAACUACUUCUUGUAUAAGCAGGAUAUCCAGCGCCUGGCUGCGAUGGGUGUGGAAUACUACAGUUUUACCAUUCCAUGGACACGGAUCUUGCCUUUCGCUCUUCCAGGAACUCCAGUCAACCAGCAGGCCAUUGAGCAUUACGAUGACUUGAUUGACACAGUCCUCGAUGCUGGGAUGACGCCAGUAGUGACUAUGCUUCACUUUGACAGCCCCUUGCUGUUUGUCGCUGGUGACAAUAUCACGAGACACCCCGAUAUUGGUUACAACAAUGCCGGUUAUCAAAACGAAACUUUUGUUGAUGCAUUUGUGAACUAUGGAAAGGUUCUUCUAUCGCAUUAUGCAGACCGGGUUCCUAUUUGGGUGACCUUCAAUGAGCCUCUUCUGUACGCAUUCAACUUCAAGGGUGCUGACCAUGUGGUCAAAGCACAUGCCCAGGUAUAUCGAUUUUACCACGAAGAAUUGAAAGCAACUGGAAAGAUAGGUAUCAAAUUCAACGACAACUUUGGGGUUCCCAAAGACCCGAAAAACUCCAGCCAUGUGCUAGCAGCGGAUCGCUUCCAAGAGAUGCAAUUGGGCAUCUUCGCAAACCCCAUCUUCCUGGGCAAGCAGUACCCAGAAUCUGUGUUGAAAACACUCCCAGGGGCUAAGCCACUGAGCAAGUCUGAGCUGAAACACAUCAACCACACGUCUGACUUUUUCGGAAUCGACCCUUAUACUGCUACGGUAGUCUCCCCAGCUGGCGAGGGAAUCGAAAAAUGCGCAGCCGACUCGUCAAGCUCCAACUCGCUUUUCCCCUACUGCGUGAACCAAGAAACCAAGAAUGUCUAUGGAUGGAACAUUGGCUAUCGCUCGGAGUCAUACGUGUACAUCACACCAACCUACUUCCGAGAGUAUCUUUACUACUUGUGGAAUACCUUCCGACACCCGAUUUUGGUCUCAGAAUUCGGAUUCCCCGUACGGGCGGAGGCUGAGGCGGAGGAGCUUUCCGAUCAGCUAUUUGACUCUCCACGCAGCGUCUACUACUUGUCAUUCAUGUCGGAGAUUCUCAAGUCCAUAUACGAGGAUGGUGUGCAUGUCAUGGGAGCACUUGCCUGGAGCUUCGUCGAUAACUGGGAGUUUGGGGAUUAUACGCAACAGUUUGGUAUUCAAAGUGUCAAUCGCACGACUCAACAUCGACACUACAAGAAGAGCUUCUUUGAUCUGGUGGAUUUUGUCAAAACCAGACAGUCGCCCAAGGAAUGA